CAGGCUCAGGGAAAGACGUGACGGGUUUGUCACUCUCGCCGCACCGACCCGGUUUAGGGCACCCGUUUUCAAAUUUCGCAACACUUUCCAAAGAGAUCUCUGGCUUUAAAAUCUUCCCCGAAUUAGAAUUUAGAACCCUAGACUAGAUUAUACCAGGGACCAUAAACACACACAAUUCUGCUUCUCAUUCAUCUCUUCGAUACCCCUAGGUUUUGCCUCUGCGGCUUGUGGUUGGAGCUCUCGGAGCGGUUCCUUGAUUUAGCUUGCAGCUUUGCCAGAAGCUGAACGAGAAUCUAGACUUAACAGGGGUAUAUAAGGCACAUCUACCCAUCAUAGUAUGAGCACUCAGGAGCAAAGGGCUCAUCCUCACAGGUACACAAGGGGGUUUCAGAGGAGGAAGAGGUUAUUAAAUGUUGAUCUCAAUGCUGUGCCAUCAUGGGAGAACCUGGAUCACGAGGGAACUUCAGCUCCUGUUGUUUCUCAAGAUGUGCCACCCGGUCAAAGAGUUGCUUCUUUGACAUCUGAAACAAUUGAUAUUGAUGGGCUUGAUGAUGAUGAUGAUGUUGUUAUUAUAUCCUCUCCUCGUGCACUUGCUGAGGCUAAAAACAACUCCAUGAGGAAUCGUCGGCAGACUGUUGUGGUUAAUGUGGAUUCUGAAGAGCAUUUGCCUAGGGUCCCACCUCAUAACACCUACAAGCGCAGAAGAGUUCCUACAUAUCAGUCAGUUAUAAACCUUGAAGGAUAUAGCAACUCAAAGGGAGAUAAUGACCCAAGUGUGACAUUUGUAGCGGUAGCUCCACCUCCACCUCCACCAAAGGAGCCGACAUUCAGUUGUCCCGUUUGCAUGGGUCCAUUAGUCGAGGAGAUGUCAACCAAGUGUGGCCAUAUUUUUUGUAAGGCGUGUAUCAAAGCUUCCAUAGCUGCUCAGGGUAAAUGCCCUACUUGUAGGAGGAAGAUUACCAUGAAAGGCACCAUAAGAGUUUACCUGCCUGCCACAAGCUGAGCUUGGUGGUUAAACACCCCACCCCUGCCCCUCUCCCCUUGUGCUGCGCCUCGGGUAGGCAUACUUAGAUAUAGAGAAAGUGGAAAUUUAUGUCUCGACAUCCUAUUAUCUUUUGAGAUUGCAACCCUUGCUGUUUUUUAUGCAUGAAACUCCCUUUCAGACAAUUUCUUGUAAAUCUUGAAGUGCUCUUUUAGAUGAAUGAACAAAAUCCAGAUUGCGCAAGUGCGCUUAAAGUUAAUUGUUU